UUUCCAUUGCUAUGAAGUUCGCGCUUAGCGUUUGACAUUAGCAAAGCAAUCCGCGAACGUUGAUGAUAACCUUUAUUUUUCUGCGUAGACCGCGUGAGUUGUGGUUAUUUUAUUGUAUUGUAAUAUAUUGGAAGUGUUAAGGUACAUAACGAAAUGGGGAAGGUACGUUCAGCUCCGGGUGCACCCCGGAAACAGGGGUUCAAUAAAGGUGCACAUUCAAUGAACCCAGAUAGACCGACUGAAGGAUUGAAAGGAGUUGCAAAGCCCAGGACUAAAGCAACCAUCAAACGGCUUCAGAUGUACAGAAACUUUAAGGCCAAGAGAGAUAAAACUGGUAAAAUUUUGACCCCAGCACCAUUCCAAGGUUGGUUACCAUCAGGAACCCAAGCUCGUGUGGAGCCUAGCCAGAAGUGGUUUGGCAACUCACGAGUAAUAUCACAGAGUGCUCUCCAAAAGUUCCAAGAUGAAUUUGGCGCAGCUGUCAAGAAUCCAUACCAAGUGAUUAUGAAACCCACAAACCUACCGAUCACAUUGCUCAAUGAAAAAGCAAAAAAUGCAAGAGUACAUUUGUUGGACACCGAAGGAUUCGACAAAACAUUUGGCCCGAAGAAACAAAGAAAGAGAGUUAAUUUAAAGUUCAGUGACUUAAAUAGUUUGUCAAAGGCUGUAGAAGAAAGCACAGAAAAUUAUGAUGAAACAAAAGAUGUGGACAGAGUCCGUGAAGACACUGGCGUCAAAGAAGGACAGAGAGACUGGGUGUUUGGAGCUGGUAUGAGCAAAAGAAUUUGGAAUGAAUUGUACAAAGUAAUAGAUUCUUCUGAUGUCCUCUUACAAGUAUUAGAUGCCAGAGAUCCCAUGGGCACUCGAUGCCCUUAUGUUGAGAAGUUCCUGAGAGAAGAAAAGAAGCACAAGCACCUUAUAUUUAUUUUAAACAAAGUAGAUUUAGUACCAAAUUGGGUGACACAGCGUUGGGUGGCUAUUCUCAGUACUGAAUACCCCACUAUAGCUUUCCAUGCUUCAAUGACUCAUCCCUUUGGAAAAGGUUCUCUUAUCAACUUGUUGAGACAGUUUGCUAAAUUACACAUUGACAAGAAGCAAAUCAGUGUUGGUUUGAUUGGCUAUCCUAAUGUCGGAAAGUCAUCAGUUAUCAAUACACUAAGAGCCAAGAAAGUAUGCAAGGUGGCACCUAUAGCUGGUGAGACUAAAGUAUGGCAAUACAUCACAUUGAUGAGGAGAAUAUUUUUGAUUGAUUGUCCUGGUGUGGUGUAUCCUUCCGCUGAAACAGACACUGAAAAAGUACUGAAAGGAGUAGUAAGAGUUGAAUUAGUACAAAAUCCAGAAGACUACAUAGAAGAAGUUAUAAAGAGAGUCAGGAAAGAGUAUUUAGUGAAAACAUACAAAGUAGAUGCAUGGGACACUGCUACUGAAUUCCUAGAGAAACUUGCCGCUCGUACUGGGAAAUUAUUGAAGAAAGGUGAACCCGAUGUUAGUCAGGUAGCUAGGAUGGUUCUAAAUGAUUGGCAGAGGGGGAAACUACCAUUCUAUGUAGCUCCUGAAGGUUUUGAAGUACCACUUUCAAAACAAGAAAACAAUGAAAAAACAGAAGAAGUUAAAGCUAGUGCUGAGGAGAAGAAAGAUGAAGCUGUUGAAGAAUCAAAAGAAGAUGCAGAGAAAGAAAAUGAAGAUAAUGUUGAUAAACCUGUUUACAUCAACAAAUUAAUUGUUGCACAAGAUUUUGCAAAGAUUAGGGUUGGCCUCCAAUUUGAUAAUGAUGAUGAUGUUAAACCACUAGAGAAGUUUGAUAUACCUGAAGAGCUUCAAGGCAUUGAUGAUGAAGAUGCAGAAAAUGAUGAAUCUAAGAGUGUCAAUGAGGAAAAUGAUAAGAAUGACAAUGAGGACCCUGACUCGUCAGACAUUAGUGACUUUUAUAGUGAGGAUGAGAAUAAUUGUAGUGAUUUAGAAGAUCACUUAACAAAUGACCCAGAGACUGUGAAAGAGAUGAAACGCAAGAAACUUGAAGCUGCUAGUGGUCAAUUUACAGUUGAAGAAAUACCUAGUGGCAAGAAAAAUAAGGUAGGAGUUAAGGAUGGCGGAGUUAAGAAAAUGACUGCGAAAGCCAGAAGGGCUUUGGAAAGAGCUCAGAAGAGAACUAAAACAGGAAGCAACUUCUAUGAAGUCUCUAAUAUGUCGUCAGGAAGCGAGAGUGAUGAAGAGUACGUGCCUGGGGAACCCGAAAAAUUAUCGGAAGAAGAAUCAGCAAAUGAAGAAACAGACAUGCAGUUUGAGAAAGAGUUGGAGCAAAAGGCAAAGAAACGAAAAGGAACUAAAGAAGAAACUGGCACAAAGAAACGUAGAACACGGAAUGGUGGAGUAGAAAAAGAGGAAUCUCCAGCGAGAGAAAUAGAGAAAAGCGAAGAAGUAUUAAAUCCUGAAGAGGAAAAGAAGAAAGAAGAUGAUCUAUGGGCGAAAUUUCUAGAAGGAACCGAUACUAAACCUAAGCCUACCUCGACAGUGACUAGCUCGACCAUUGAAACACCUAAAACUAUAGCUAAAGAAGAAACGUCCAAGAAAGCCGUAUCCAGCACGAGCGAUGAUAAAGAGAGAGAAAAGAGAAUAUUUGAAUUUGCUGGAGAAACUAUUGUUGUCGAAAAUAAUAAGAUCAAAGAAAAGAUUAAAACUGCUGACAGCCCAGCUACAGGGAGCAAAGUACAAACGCCAGUACGCAGCCGAUUUGGAGGUGGAGGCCUGUCCAACGUCCUCGGUCAGCUGAACAAGAAGAACCAGUUAUCAACCCUCGAGAAGUCGAAACUUGACUGGUCUACUUACAAACAGGAAGAAGGCCUUGAAGAUGAAAUUGAAAGUCACAAUAAAGGAAAAAAUGGUUACUUGGACAAACGCGAUUUCUUGGAACGCGCAGAUGUACGGCAGUACGAGAUUGAGAGAAACUUGCGGAUGAGUCGCCGCAGCAACCGAUAAUACCUUAGAACAAUUUAUUAUAAUUACGAGCUACUCAAACUAUUGCCUACGACUUCGCUAUUAAACGCUGAACA